AAAACACACACACAUCAAACUUGACAGUUGACAAAAAUGUCUAAAUUCUUAAGUUGGUUAGUGAUUUCAGAUUAGAUAGACCUUUUUGAACAAUAAUAAUUGCAAUUGUCAGCAAUGUGAUAUAUGAAACUGUUCAAAACCGAUUACGAUUUAGUUUCAUAUCAUAUCCUCAAACCUUCAUAAUGUUAGGAAUGUUCUGGUAUAUAUUUGAAGUAAAGAAGGAGUUUCUAGUAUGCUUUUCACUGUCUUUGCUGUAUAUAACCUAUUAUCUUGUGGAAGUCGUCAAGAAACCGAUGCUGAUAUGUCGUAAGGGGGAAUUCCGUCAAUUACUAGAGGAUAAUGUUCCAUUGUUGAGUGAGCCUUACUGGCCUACUCCUUGGUGCGUGGAAUCUCGAUUGCAAACUGUACUGGGCUCUGUUCUUCGGUCACAUUUACUUCCACCAGUAGCUUACCGACGCGAGGUGCUGCGGCUGUCGGACGGCGGUCAGGUGGCUCUGGACUGGGCCGAGCUGGCGGAUGGCGACAGGGAGAGCCGGCCCGUGCUGCUCGUGCUGCCCGGACUAACGGGCGGGGCGCAGGCGGACUACGUGCGCUGCCUGGUGGCGGCAGCGGCGCGUCUCGGGGCGCACGCGGUCGUCUUCAACAAUCGCGGUCUCGGCGGUCUGCCGCUCACCACACCGCGGCUGUACUGCGCCGUGUCGCACGCGGACUUAGCGGAGGUGGUGGAGGCGGUGCGGCCUCGCGGCGCUCCCCUGCUGGCGGUGGGGGUGUCUCUGGGUGGCCUCAUCCUCGGACACUAUCUCACGGAGCACGCUCAGCGCGCCGCGCAUACCUUGCACGCCGCGCUCGUGGUGUCUUCUCCGCUGGACGUCGUGCGGGGUGCGGAGUGUAUCGAGCGGCCUCCUCUGAAUUCCUUGUUGUCGUGGCACAUGGCACGUAACCUCCGCAACACGGUGAACUCUCAUUCUCCUCUCCGGAGCGGUCCCGGUGAUUGGGCGGCCGUGGAGCGCUGCCGGUCCGUCCGUCAGUUCGACCAGGCCUUUACGACCAAACACUUCGGAUUCCCUUCUGUCGACGACUACUACCGCGCGGCGACCCUCUGUGACAAGCUGAGCCGCGUGCGCGUGCCGCUCCUCUGCCUGUGCGCGGCUGACGACCCCUUCCAGCCCCUGGACGUGUUACCGCUGGCGGAGGUGGAAAGCAGUCCUUGCGUGGCGCUGGCGGUGACUGCUCGCGGCGGUCACAUCGGCUUCCUGGAAGGUUGGUGGCCGGCACCCCCGUCCCGCUCUCCUCACUCGCAGUACAUCGCUCGCCUCGCUCACCAGUACUUCGCGGCGCUGCUGUCGUCCCCGCGUCCCGUCAGCCCCCCCUGAAGAUCACUCUCUCCCCUUCUCCUGCACCGUCACAGUAUUCAUUGGUGUACAUUAUUAGAUUAGUUUUGUGACGUUACCAAAUCCGCCAUCCGUUCGUCAUUUUCCGACCGUAUCUCGUGACCUGUCGGUGGCCACUUUUUUUUGAUCUUUAUAAAAUACGAAGAGUAUCGUUUCGUAGUGAGCGGUAGGGUCGUCACUUCGCACGAGCACGUUUUAUAAUUUAAUGUUUACUAACGCCACGUUAUAGCAGAACCGUUGUUUGAGAUUAAAUUUAUUAAUUGAAUAAUGAACCGCCCGCACAAUAACAAGUACAACGACUUUAAGUAGCAACACUGGUCGAGGAGCGUUUAUAGUCACCCGUCACAGGCAUGAGGCACAUGACGCGACCUGUCACUUAUCAUUGUUAUUGUUUAUUUUUUUACGAUUAGUUUUAAUCUGGAGUUAUAUGAUCAUGUUAUUGUUAGCUUUGUAUUGUUAUAUCUAUAAGAGAUUAUUUAUAGUCUUGAUAAAGACAGAUUCCUAUUAGUAAAUAUUAUAAUUUACUAAGUCUAUUACUUAGCGACGUGAAGAACGAGUGAACCGGCCUUAAUAUGAACAAGUUGACUGUGAUGUAACAUUAUUAAUAAUAUAGAGAAGGAAUUCCCACACACAAGGGAAAUGGGAUUCGAAGAUACGAAAUAUACGAGGUUCUGUCAAUUGUGAGAUAUUUAUAGAAACUAACGCACAAAUCUUCAAAUCCCAUUUUAAAUAUAUAAAAAGGUUAGAGAAGAGUAAAAGAUGAUCGAAAUGAAAACUUUAUUAGAAUAUAUAUAUAUGUAUAUUAUAAUAUAAAUAAAAUACUUUUACAAGAGUACACAACGCGUUCGUCCGAAAAGAUAAUAAUUUAUUAAUACGUGUGUGAUGUUAGAGAACGGCGCGGCCGCACAUAUCACACUUUUAUCAUUUUUAAUAAAUAAACGAAUAUAACGCUCCCAAA